GCGGGGGGCUCGCCCCACUCCCGCCCAGCGCAGCCGCCGCGGCGGGGCCGGCACCUCCCCAAGUGCCGCACCAUGGGCAGCCAGGGCUCCAAGGCGGCGGGCGGCGACCCCGACACCGCCAAGGCCAACGGGCAGGAGAACGGCCAUGUGAUCUACAACGGGGACAUGACGCCCAAGGCGGGGGUCGAGGUAGCCCCGCAGAACGGGAACGGCUCGGCGGACCCCCCCAAGGAGGAGAGCGAGGGCGAAGCGGGCGGUGCGGACGCCAUCGAGCCCGCCCCGGCCGCCGCCGACGGCGCCGAGCCCAAACCCGAAGGCGCCGCGGCCCCCAAGGACGCCCCCAAGAAGAAGAAGAAGUUCUCCUUCAAGAAGCCCUUCAAGCUGAGCGGCAUCUCCUUCCGCAAGAACAAGAAGGAAGCCGGGGACUCCUCCGGCUCCUCGCCCACGGAGGAGCAGGGCAGGAGCGAGGAGACCCCGCCGGGGGUGCAGCCCUCGGCUCCCCCCGAGGAGGGGCCGGCCGAGGAGCAGGAGGGCGGCGAGCCCAAGGAUGGAGGAGAAGGCGCGGGCAGCCAGGAGGAGGAGAAGCAGCAGCAGCAGGGAGGGGAGAGCCACGGAGACACUGCCAAACCCGAGGAGCCCUCGAAAGCCGCGGGGCCGGAGCCCACAGCGAGCCCGGCGGCGGAGCAGAAGGAAGAGUAGAGGCCACUCGGGCAUCGUCCUCAGCGGGGACUCUCACGCCGCCCUCCGACCCUCCCUGAGCAGCCCGGAUCGCCACGGACUCGCCCACACCGCCCCGG